AUUUUGUUGCAACAUUGCAGACGUCAGUAGUGUUGCUAUGUUAUUCAGGUCACUGGUUGCGAGUGCCUACACUCUUGGUGUACUUGGAGCUGCAACCAAUAAAUUCGCCCCCAUUCAGGUCCACACAGCCUUGUUCGGUUCAGCUAUUAGGAAGUCAUCCCUUGUUGAGCAGACAGACAUGAAGAUAGAGCUAUUGCCUGCUCUCACUGAUAACUACAUGUACCUUCUCAUUGACGAGGACACAAGGGAAGCUGCCAUUGUUGACCCAGUUGAACCUGGGAAGGUUGUAGAGGCAGUUAAGAAGCAUGGUGUGAAGCUCAAAACUGUCUUAACAACACAUCAUCACUGGGACCAUGCUGGUGGCAAUGAGAAGCUGGUGAAGCUGAUUCCAGGCCUGACCGUAUAUGGAGGUGAUGACAGAGUAGGAGCCCUGACUCAAAAAGUGACACACUACAACACCUUCAAAGUUGGAACACUUAAUGUGAAGUGCUUGUUUACACCAUGUCACACCAAGGGACACAUCUGCUACUUUGUGACAAAAGAAAAUAGUUCUGAACCCCCAGCAGUAUUCACAGGUGACACCCUGUUUGUCGCAGGCUGUGGGAAAUUCUUCGAGGGUACCGCUGAUGAGAUGUACAAAGCUCUGAUUGACAUUCUAGGGCGACUUCCUCCAGACACACAUGUAUACUGUGGUCAUGAGUACACUAUCAACAAUCUGAAAUUUGCUCGCCAUGUGGAACCAGAUAAUGAGGCCAUCAGGAAAAAACUGGCAUGGGCUAAGGACAGAUAUGAUAAUGGGGUGCCCACCAUUCCUUCAACUAUAGCUGAUGAGUUCACAUUCAACCCGUUCAUGAGAGUCAGAGAGAAGUCAGUACAGGGGCAUGCUGGAACAAGUGACCCCAUAGACACCAUGAGGAGCAUCCGUAAAGAAAAAGACAACUUUAAAGUGCCCAAAGACUGAGUAGAGCUUGCACUUCUUUCACAAUAUCAUUUACUGCAAUGCAUCCUAGUGCACUUACUUAAUACUUUUACUAACAGCUUAUUGUAUGCAGUGAGCACACAAAGAAUAGGGAACUUCCAUGGCACUGCAUUUAAGUGUUUUUAUUUCUCUAAUGCACCUGAUUACACUUGUCCACUAAUAAUUAGUUAUCAAGCCCUUAAUGACCUGAGUUGAAUGUAUUGGAGUAGGGGAAACGUGAAACUCUCCAGUGCACUAACCAUUAAACAUUGGUGUUUGAUUUGGAUUAGUAUUUAUAUGCUAGACAAUAUGUUUUCAAAUAAGGAUUGAAAGCAGUGUUAGCUUGAUGGAGACAUUACAUGUCGUUUCUAAUUUCAAGGUACUAAUAACUGACACCUGUAAAAUCUGUAAAUGGGCCGCGAACAUAGGUGAUCGUGUUCAGUAUGGAACGCUUAAAAAGAAUUGUACAUUGUUUUCAGCUGAGAGUGGUGUAUGCAGCUGUGGCACAUGUAAGAUGAAUAUAUGUACAGAUAUUUUAAAAUCAGAACCCUAUCAGAGGAUUGGUUGAUAGCCAUAUUUAUGUUGUAAUUUUGAAAGCAGUCAUUCUUAAUUACUAAACUUGUCUUAAUGUGCAAUGUUUUAUUUUGUAAACUGAAUAGAAAUAUUUUUAAAAUACCAGUGUUAUGGUCCAUGUAGUGUAGUAGAAAAAAUGAGACACUGUCACUUAGUGUUCUGAAAUGGAUAUAUCAUAUAUUACAACAAUUCCAGAGUACUGCUUUUGAUUUGUCAUAGUGUGCCCCCUCUCUCUCUCUCUCUCUCUCUCUCUCUCUCUCUCUCUCUCUCUCUCUCCCCCCUCCCCCAUCAGUUUUAAGCAUUGCUAAUUCAGCACUGAAUAUUUGUUGGUUGUUAUAGUCCAGUAACAUUUCCAGCCAAUAUUGCACUUUCUGUCCUGAGAACUAUUAAAGCAAUGAUUGUACUGCAGUGUCCUCAGUAAAGCAUGGGUGAGGGGGCCAAAAUA